UACCUAUAUCUCUUAUAUAUAUAUAUAUAUAUAGAUAUUUCCGUACGCUCUCUCCUCUUCUGCAACUGUGCCCUCCUCCUUCUUCUUCCAGCUUCCUCUUCUUCUUGAUAUACGAUCUCCCCGUCAAUGCGAACCCUCCACAUUCCCCAUUCCUCCUCGAGCAAUCGAUCGCUUUCCCCUCACCAAUGGAAAACGACGGCACCUCCUUGUCCCUCCCCGCGAACUUCGUGACCAUCAAGGACCUCCAGGAGCGGUGGCUCAAGCGGAGGCAGGAGCAGCAGCAGCAGCAGCAGCUCGAGGCCGAGAAGCAGGAAUCCGGGAAAGAUGAGGAGACGAAGCAGGCGCGGCAGCAACAACCGGAAUCGCGAUCGCGGUCCCAGCCGCCGCAUACCUCGGGGCACGUGCAGACCGACCGUGGUGCAGGGAAGCUAGGUCGCAUCGGGUGGGAACCACCCCGGGCUUAUUUCUCCCGUCUUGGUGGCAGUGGGAGGUGGUGGAGCGAUAAGGAGGGGAGGAUCAUUGCGAAGGCGGAGGAGAAUAGGGUGGGGACGGGAGCGGACGGGGCGGAGCUUUGCGAAACUAGUGGCUCGUCGCGGAAGGGCUUCAGGAAGAAGCCUGCCUCGAAGAGCCACAGCUUGGUUAACGAGAAUGCGGUGGAGGCGGAAGGUGCUGGAGUGGAUGGCCCGAGGGAGGAAGCGGAUGGAGAGAACUCUCCGUUGAUGAAGGCUGAGAAGGAUGAGUCUAGGCCUAAGAGCAAUGGCGCUCUGGGAGGGAAAGGGGUUAAGGAGGCAAUAGGAGGAACGCAAAAGCCAUCGAAGGGGACGCCCCGGCGGAGAGUCUCCUCAAGUAAGGGCGUCCAAGACAAGUUCAGGCCCGAAAGCAGCAGCUCACUUGUCGAGAAGGGGAUGGGGAAGGAGCAGAUGGAUGGUGUAGCGGACGUGCCGCCAGAGGAGGCGGCAAAAGAGGGUUCUUUUUCUAGGAAAAGCAGGCGGCCUUCGUCUAAGUCGAAAAGCAAGAGGGCAGUUGUGGAGAAUGGAGAGGUGGCUGCAGAGGAUGGGCAAGCACAGCCAGAGGGUGCUCCUGGAGAGGGUCCUUCAUCGAAGAAAGACAUGAGAGGUCGGUCUGGGUCGAAGAACAAGGGCAAGGUUGUGAAGAAUGGGUUUGCAGCGGCAGCAGGGGAUGGUGAAGCAGCGGCAGCAGGGGAUGGCGAAGCACCGGCAGAAGGGGCUGUUGGAGAGAGUGUUCCGUUGAGGAAGGACACGAGGGUUGAGUCUAGGUCGAAGAACAAAAACAUAGUCAAGGAGGAUCAAGUGGAGAUGGCAGAAGUUUCCUCCAGUGAAGGAAUCAAAGAUGGGAAUGGGACCGAGAACAGGAGCACGUUUGUGCAGUUGAAGAUGGCAGGUGGUGAUGGGCUGGUGCUGCCAGAGGAGGCAGCUAAAGAGAGUGCUCAGACAAGGAAGAGCGGGAAAAAGUGUUGGAAAAGUAAGAGCGAGAAGGAUGUAUCUGUGGGGAGCAAGUUAAUGGAGGUGGAAGCUGGCCAGGGAAUCAGGGAUGUGGUUGGUGUCAAUAUGGCACCUGAGGUUGAGUGGCGGCCCCGUCACAUGUCGACAGAGGAUAAUGAUCGGAAAGGGGAACUUGGUCGGCCUAUAAGGAUGGAAGAUCGCAGGUAUAGAAGGGAUUCUCAUGGGAGGUCUAAGGGGCGGAAGGAUGUGAGGAAGCAGAUAAGUUGUGAAACGGUUUGGGUGAAGAAAGGGGAGACUGCUACUGGUGGUGCAAGUCGGCAUUCAAGUGCCUCUCUGGAGUGGCUCGACUAGUAAUCUGCAUGAUUGGUUUGCAUGAAAAUCGUAUUCUAGGUCGAGAAGAGCUUGAAGUUAAUCGAGACUCUGGAGGCAUCACACCUUGAUGGUAGUUAGCACGCACACAGUUGUUCUUAGAACAUGUGGAUUGUUUGUAAAUGCAAAAUUAGCCAUGCCUUAAUAUUAUCAUUAGACUGUCCGGAUAUAUAUUGGUAUUUUCGCUUCCUUUGAAAUGACGAAGGAAUUGGAAAUAUUCUUUUGAUGUUUAACUUUCUGUAUAAAGCUUUUAAUCAUUUUAUCCUCA